GGGCAAGUCCAGGUUGUUCUGUACCUGGCAGAAAAGCAAACAUCAGAUGGAUGUACUAUUCAAUCGAGAAAUGAGAAUUCGCGAGUCACGGGCAUCCAAUCCUUGCCUUUGAUUGAUACCUACCCCACGAUUUUAUGCGAUGAAUUAUCGAUUAACGGACGGACUCUUCCCUUACACCGAGCCUCCUCCAUUUCAGGUGCGGUGGGUUGAGGUGGAUAGGUAGAUAGGUGCCCAAUUCGACUUGCCACGCAAUGUGCCACCGGGCUUCCCGCUUCUGGAUAGGCUUCCUUUGGUUCUGGCAUUGAUUGCAAGCUUGGCUGGGCGCUUCCAUGCGAGGCUCUCACCAUGGUGAGAGGAUGCAUGUGCGCAUUUCCCCCUCUCACAAUCUCACUUAAGCGCCCACGCUCAAAGGUGGUCUGGUCAAGCACUCUGAUUGGACACAUGCUCCCCCAUCAUGACAGGCCUCCCUUGCGGGAGUCGAUGAUGGGCUGGGCCGAAAGCCCCUCCAAAAUGACGGAUGGAUACUGGAGCUUGCAGCGGACAAGUCACAUUGAUUGAUUUGUCGCCCGCUGGGAUCUUGCCUCCUCGGUAGUCUAGCUUGGUCGCCCUGCCUGAGAGAGUUGCGCGCGAUUGUGUUUUGCCAACUUGUUGAUACUUGGACAAAAGUAAGCAAACUAAGUGUGCUUGGCUGCAAUUUAUCAAUAAUUUCAAACGAGACAAAACCAGAGCAAAACCAAAGCGGUUGGCUCUGUUUAACCGGUUCGUCCAUCUGCGCAGAGUUUCCCGCAGCAGGAGGGGCAGCUUUUAACCAACCUUCAACCACCAGCGCCCACACCACAGCAAGCUGCAGUCCAGAGCUCUCAUAUACAAGGCAAAGGAAACCCCGCUGGCCUUCGAAAACGGCCCCCGAAACUGCCUGCGCAUCGCGCAUCUCGGUCUAGCCUGGGCCUAUUAAUAAACUCGCAUCUAACUGCGGGCACGUCAUCCUAUAGCGCCCGCCUUACUCGGAUCAAACCCCGUUGCUUUGUACCUGCGUCUGCAGUGAGACAGACUGGGUGCGCACACAGCCAUGGAACCAAACAGAUCCAGGGGCUUUUCGGAUGAAGAGCUCUUCAUGAGUCGCCCGGUCGACGACUGUGGCGACAGCCCAACCGUCGAGCCCCUUCGCAUCUUCAACAAGAGUCCUGCCGCUUCUGAUCAGGCCCGUUUCAAGUACCCGCGACCUCCCGAACCGGCCUCCUCGGCUUCGCCCUCCCACAAGCCAACGUUCCCGCUGCCUCCUGGCGCAUCGAGCUCUGCAGCUCCCCUCCCAUACCCCGAUGACGAGGAUCUGCGCCCUUCGAAGCCGAUCCAAUCCCGGCUGCCCUACCCAGAUGAUAAUGUUUCUCACAGGCCUUCGCCCGCUGGAAGGAUACAGAGCAGCAGUUCUACGAGCUCCGGAGGAAGUUACAAUGAUACGUCUCCGCGUCUGAGCCUCAGCCCUACCGGCGAAAAGAGACCAGGGCUUGCUGAGAGGAGGGGCACCGCCCCAAGUGCACUGUCGCCAACAAGCCCAGAUGGAGACAAGGAUAAUCUGUUCGCGAAGCCUAUCAAACCGCCCAAGCAGCAACAACCACAACUACAGGAGCCGCAGCCCAGGAUCUCAAACAGCUACCAGAGCAAACCCUACUACCCACCGCCUGGAGGCAGCUCCGCAAGCAAUGCUCAGCGACCGACUGUGGCUACAAGCACGCUCAAGAUGCCGCAGGAAAGCAGCGUGAACCGUUUCAACUCGAAUGCUUCCACAUCGACAACCCGCGCCAGUCGCGGCUCACCUCCGCCUCCAGAAACCCCGAUAGUCGAGCCGGGUGUGAUCCCUGGUGGUGGCAUAGAAGCUCGCUAUGCUGCCUCGGGCAUAUCUGGAACCGCAACCCUCACGGCUCUCCAAGCGCAGCAGGCGCAGAGCGCCGCGGCCUCGCAGCGACUUGCCCAGUACGGUGGACAGCCCCCGGCGCAACGGCCGUGGACGCCGACAGAGACUCCAGACCAGCAGCCUCAUGGGCCUCCAACGGUUUACCAGGGCUCAAACCCGGUGGGAAGCCCCUCCCAGUCUUCCACGGUACAGAAUGGCCAAUCUCAGCAGCCAAGCUUGCAAGUUAGCGUUCUGGAGCAAGACUUCCAGCGUAUGCAAGCCUCGACCCCUCCCCCCGCAUACUCUAGCGUCAGCGGAGGUGGUUCAGGGUAUCCAAACGAGAAACAGCGCCCUGCAGUCCAGCAACAAUCCAGUUCCAACUCGCAGCCUGGGCAAGCGCCUGCCGCUGCAGGUCCUGCGGCCGCCAGUGCAGCAGCUUCAGUUGCUGGGUCCAGCUCUUCCGGUGGAGUCCAGACUCCUGCCGCUCAAGGCCCGGAGAAGAAGCCGCAACAGCAACAGAUUCCAAAUCCCCUGGCCUCGCCGGCUUUACAGCAUCCGGGUCAUCCUGCCUUUGCCAAUGACCCCAGGCCAGGAAGCUCCCAGAAUGGCCAACCGACCAUCACACACACGCCCUCAGUUUUACAUGCCCAGCAGGGUCCUUCGUCCCCUCCCCCGCUGCCAGAAGGAUGGAUCUCCCAUCUCGACCAGAACUCUGGGCAAUACUACUACAUCCAUCUUGCGACUCAGGCUACGCAGUGGGAGUUCCCCAAGGGGCCAAAUCCUAUCAAUCACGAGGUAGCCCCAUUGUCACCGACAGCCUCUACUUAUGGCAACUCUCUUGGCUCCCCUUUCCUGGGAGGUAAGCAAGGAAUGGCAUCGCCCGGCCUGUAUCCUCCACACACUCCUGGCUAUGCCGAGAGCAUAAUGAGCGUGGCAGCCUCGGCCGCACCCAGUGCUGCUGGUUUCACUGGACCUCCGCCCAGCUCCGGCGUGGAGAUCUUCAAGGUGGCCCCAACAAAUGGUGUCUACUUUGGCCCCUACUUGCGUUACGUCAACAUGGACGUGGAGAGGGGUGUGUGGUUGGGGAGCAUAAUGAUUGUGACGGACGCACCUCAGCCGCCUACGAUACACAUCCAUCGCAGCGUCGACUUGUCACCGAACCCGAGGCAGCUUAUGCCACACGUGAUCCAUACCCACCAACGCUGGAGCUUUUACAAGUAUGACUUGGAUUUGCAGAUGGGCGAGCAGACUGAGAAAUGGACUUAUGCGGUCACGUCCCAUAUGGGAUGUACACGUUACGAGUUCGUCGUCGCAGGGCGCAGUGAAACUGGCUGGCGCUUCGUGGCGCACUCGGGUAAUGAUUUUGCCUCUUCAACUUCUCAAGGCGACCGGGCCAAACUCGGUGGCGUCGGCUUCAUGUGGAAGGACGUGCUGCAGAGGAACCUUGAGUGCGGCGGUUUUCAUGUACAGCUGGGACUUGGUGAUCAAAUAUAUGGUGAUCGACUCUGGAAGGAAGUGCCUCUGCUUAAGCAGUGGCUCGCCAUCCAAGGAAGGGAGAAUCGUAAGACGGUCCAAUGGACUGCGCGGCAUGAAGAAGACGUCACCCAUGCCUACUUCCACUAUUACACAUCUCACUUUGACCAGCCAUUCUUGAGAGAGGCGUUUGCUCAGAUUCCUCACAUCUUGCAACUCGAUGAUCACGACAUUUUUGAUGGGUUUGGGUCAUAUCCUGACUACAUGCAAUCGUCUCAAGUUUUCAAGAACAUCGGGCGUGUGGCCAUUGAGAUGUAUCUGUUGUUUCAACACCACACGACUGUUGAAAUAUUGCGCAAUGUUAACUCGGAUAUCGAUCUGUUCACUAUCACGGGCUCUGGAUGGCACUUUGUCAAGUAUUUGGGCCCGGCAAUGGUCGUGGUGGGUGUUGAUAUGAGAUCAGAGCGGACCCAAACAAGAGUCUUGGCCGGUCCGACGUAUCAAGGCAUCUUUCCAAAGGUCGCCAUGCUACCGCCCAGUGUCCAGCACUGCAUAUUUAUGCUAUCCGUUCCGCCUAUCUAUCCCAGGCUCGACACGGUGGAAAGCUUGGCAAACACAUUCAAUACCGGCAAGAAGGCAGUCAACUCGACGUACAACCUGCUCGGCAAAGUGACCAGUUCAGUGGCGGGAGUAGUGGGUGGUAAGGAAGUAGUGCAACACGGCUUUACUCAUGUUAAAAAGGCGGUCGGAAAAACUGGUCUCAUGGGCAAUGUUCUCAACCAGUUCGGAGAGUUUGACAUUGGCGAGGAACUCAAAGACCUAUGGACGCAUGAGACCAAAGACUUGGAGCGGACAUAUCUGAUCCGGACUCUGCAAGGAAUUUCGCAGCAAAAGGGAAUAAGAAUGAGUUUCCUUUCGGGAGCUGUCAAUUGCUGCGGCGCCGGGUUGGUCCACGACCCGUCCCACCCCAGCGACCACAAGACCAUGUACCAAAUCAUCACAUCCCCAAUCGUGGCCGCACCGUCAGGUAACUACAUCCUCAAGAUGCUACACAACUCCAACAAGAUGCUUUACGUACCUACCAAUGGGCACAAGUCCAAUGGAGAGGUGUCGGACACCAAGGAGGACAUGAUGGAGAUCUUCCAAGUCGACGCAAACGGGUCCCAACGCGAGCUCAAGAAGCUCAUGGGACGUCGCAACUACGUUGCCGUUGUGGCGUACGACCCCGAAGUCAUCAACGCUGCGGCCGGGUCGCAGUACGCCGCAAGCAUCAUGAAUGGCGGCCAACCUCAGGGCCAGGGGCUGCAAAAGCUCAGUCUUGCCGUCGACUUUGUGGUUCAGGGUGAUGGAUCAUUCAAUACGCCCACAACCAAGUACGGACCUGUAAUUAUCCCACAUUUGGAAUACGGGCACUGAAAGGCCCAUUUUUUGACUUCUGAUCUUCCUUCGCUUGGAUUUUUCAUGUUAUUUUAAUUCACAUUGUAUGUGAGAGAGAAAUGUUUUGACGACUAUUAUUUCUUUUAUGAUCUGCUUUGAAAUCUAGCGUCAUGAUGAUACAGAUAUCCUGGAAAAAAAAUAUAUAUAGCUCCAGUCUUAUGGAAAAAGUUCGUAAAUUUGGUGUGCAUAUGUUUUGGUGUAGCAACUGGC